AUGGAAGAAGCCAAGCGAGUGCUCCGAUUGUUCCCGAUAUGGGCGACAAGCUUAGUAUACGCCGUCACUUUUGCUCAAUUGGCCACCUUCUUCACUAAGCAAGGAAGGACUUUAGAUAGAAGCAUCACUUCAAGCAUACAAGUUCCACCCGCGGCUCUACAAAGCUUCAGAAGUCUCACUAUCAUGGCCUUCGUCCCCGUAUACGAUCGAUUCCUCGUGCCCUUAGCUCGGAAAUUCUCGAAGCUGCAUUCGGGCAUCACCACGCUUAAAAGAGCCGGCAUCGGAAUGGCCAUAUCCUUUAUCUCAAUGGUAGUAGCAGCUCUUGUGGAAAUGAAGAGGCUUCAGAUGGCUCGAGAUUUCGGCUUGAUCGAUGAGCCAAAUGACACUAUUCCGAUGAGCUUUUGGUGGUUGGUUCCUCAAUACAUGCUCAUUGGGCUCGCCGAUGUGUUUAUAGUAGUAGGAUUGCAAGAGUUCUUCUACGAUCAGGUCCCCGACGGUUUAAGAAGCCUCGGCAUUGCUCUCUACAUGAGCAUACUAGGGAUCGGUAGUUUUAUCAGUAGUGUUCUCAUUUUCGUGAUCGAUGAAAUGACAAGCAAGAAUGGUGAUAGUUGGUUCUCGAAUAACUUAAACCGAGCGCAUCUCGAUUNUGGUGAUAGUUGGUUCUCGAAUAACUUAAACCGAGCGCAUCUCGAUUACUUCUAUUUGCUUCUCGCGGGUCUCGGUGUUUUAGAAUUAUGCUUAUUCUUGUACUUUACGCGCAAUUAUGACUAUAAGAAGAAGAUUGUUUUCUGA